GUCCUGACUGGGUCCGGAUCCUGGCCCUGGCGGCGGGCGGUAGGCGGCGGGCGGCGUGAGGGUGCCGCUGGCUUUUUGCCGGCGGGUACUGGGCGGGGAGGCCUCUGGGAUCACUCUCCGGGCCCUGUAGGUGCCGGGGACCGCCCCCUCCCACCCGACGGAACUGGAGAAUCGGCCCCGGGAUAUGGUUCGUAGGGGUGUCGGCGCCCCUCUGCUCGGGUUCAAACUGGUCUCGGAUUAGUGUCCCAGACCCUACUCUGUCACGGACUCACACUUUAGGGGAUCAUUUUCUUCCUCCGUAAAAGAAUUGGAGAUGAUUUAUUUACAAAUGUUGGAGUAAUAAAGAAGGCAGAACAAAAUGAGCUGGGCUUUGGAAGAAUGGAAAGAAGGCCUGCCUACAAGAGCUCUUCAGAAAAUUCAAGAGCUUGAAGGACAGCUUGACAAACUGAAGAAGGAAAAGCAGCAAAGGCAGUUUCAGCUUGACAGUCUCGAGGCUGCACUGCAGAAGCAAAAACAGAAGGUUGAAAAUGAAAAAACUGAGGGUACAAACCUGAAAAGGGAGAAUCAAAGAUUGAUGGAAAUAUGUGAAAGUCUGGAGAAAACUAAGCAGAAGAUUUCUCACGAACUUCAAGUCAAGGAGUCACAAGUGAAUUUCCAGGAAGGACAACUGAAUUCAGGCAAAAAACAAAUAGAAAAACUGGAACAGGAACUUAAAAGGUGUAAAUCUGAGCUUGAAAGAAGCCAACAAGCUGCACAGUCUGCAGAUGUCUCUCUGAAUCCAUGCAAUACACCACAAAAAAUUUUUACAACUCCACUAACACCAAGUCAAUAUUAUAGUGGUUCCAAGUAUGAAGAUCUAAAAGAAAAAUAUAAUAAAGAGGUUGAAGAACGAAAAAGAUUAGAGGCAGAGGUUAAAGCCUUGCAGGCUAAAAAAGCAAGCCAGACUCUUCCACAAACCACCAUGAAUCACCGCGACAUUGCCCGGCAUCAGGCUUCAUCAUCUGUGUUCUCAUGGCAGCAAGAGAAGACCCCAAGUCAUCUUUCAUCUAAUUCUCAAAAAACUCCAAUUAGGAGAGAUUUCUCUGCAUCUUACUUUUCUGGGGAACAAGAGGUGACUCCAAGUCGAUCAACUUUGCAAAUAGGGAAAAGAGAUGCUAAUAGCAGUUUCUUUGACAAUUCUAGCAGUCCUCAUCUUUUGGAUCAAUUAAAAGCGCAGAAUCAAGAGCUAAGAAACAAGAUUAAUGAGUUGGAACUACGCCUGCAAGGACAAGAAAAAGAAAUGAAAGGCCAAGUGAAUAAGUUUCAAGAACUCCAACUCCAACUGGAGAAAGCAAAAGUGGAGUUAAUUGAAAAAGAGAAAGUUUUGAACAAAUGUAGGGAUGAACUAGUGAGAACAACAGCACAAUACGACCAGGCAUCAACCAAGUAUACUGCAUUGGAACAAAAACUGAAAAAAUUGACGGAAGAUUUGAGUUGUCAGCGACAAAAUGCAGAAAGUGCCAGAUAUUCUCUGGAACAGAAAAUCAAGGAAAAAGAAAAGGAGUUUCAAGAGGAGCUCUCCCGUCAACAGCGUUCUUUCCAAACACUGGACCAGGAGUGCAUCCAGAUGAAGGCCAGACUCACCCAGGAGUUACAGCAAGCCAAGAAUAUGCACAAUGUCCUGCAGGCUGAACUGGAUAAAGUCACAUCAGUAAAGCAACAGCUAGAAAAAAAUUUGGAAGAGUUUAAGCAGAAGUUGUGCAGAGCUGAACAGGCGUUCCAGGCGAGUCAGAUCAAGGAGAAUGAGCUGAGGAGAAGCAUGGAGGAAAUGAAGAAGGAAAACAACCUCCUUAAGAGUCAGUCUGAGCAAAAGGCCAGAGAAGUCUGCCACCUGGAGGCAGAACUCAAGAACAUCAAACAGUGUUUAAAUCAGAGCCAGAAUUUUGCAGAAGAAAUGAAAGCGAAGAAUACCUCUCAGGAAACCACGUUAAGAGAUCUUCAAGAAAAAAUAAAUCAGCAAGAAAACUCCUUGACUUUAGAGAAACUGAAGCUUGCUGUGGCUGAUCUGGAAAAGCAGCGAGAUUGUUCUCAAGACCUUUUGAAGAAAAGAGAACAUCACAUUGAACAACUUAAUGAUAAGUUAAGCAAGACAGAGAAAGAGUCCAAAGCCUUGCUGAGUGCUUUGGAGUUAAAAAAGAAAGAAUAUGAAGAAUUGAAAGAGGAGAAAACUCUGUUUUCUUGUUGGAAAAGUGAAAACGAAAAACUUUUAACUCAGAUGGAAUCAGAAAAGGAAAACUUGCAGAGUAAAAUUAAUCACUUGGAAACUUGUCUGAAGACACAGCAAAUAAAAAGUCAUGAAUACAACGAGAGAGUAAGAACGCUGGAGAUGGACAGAGAAAACCUAAGUGUUGAGAUCAGAAACCUUCACAACGUGUUAGACAGUAAGUCAGUGGAGGUAGAGACCCAGAAACUAGCUUAUGUGGAGCUACAGCAGAAAGCUGAGUUCUCAGAUCAGAAACAUCAGAAGGAAAUAGAAAAUAUGUGUUUGAAGACUUCUAAGCUUACUGGGCAAGUUGAAGAUCUAGAACACAAGCUUCAGUUACUGUCAAAUGAAAUAGUGGACAAAGACCGGUGUUACCAAGACUUGCAUGCCGAAUAUGAGAGCCUCAGGGAUCUGCUAAAAUCCAAAGAUGCUUCUCUGGUGACAAAUGAAGAUCAUCAGAGAAGUCUUUUGGCUUUUGAUCAGCAGCCUGCCAUGCAUAAUUCCUUUGCAAAUAUAAUUGGAGAACAAGGAAGCAUGCCUCCAGAGAGGAGUGAAUGUCAUUUAGAAGCAGACCAAAGUCCAAAAAAUUCUGCCAUCCUACAAAAUAGAGUUGAUUCACUUGAAUUUUCAUUAGAGUCUCAAAAACAGAUGAACUCAGACCUGCAAAAGCAGUGUGAAGAGUUGGUGCAAAUCAAAGGAGAAAUAGAAGUAAAUCUCAUGAAAGCAGAACAGAUGCAUCAAAGUUUUGUGGCUGAAACAAGUCAGCGCAUUAGUAAGUUACAGGAAGACACUUCUGCUCACCAGAAUGUUGUUGCUGAAACCUUAAGUGCCCUUGAGAACAAGGAAAAAGAGCUGCAACUUUUAAAUGAUAAGUUAGAAACUGAGCAGGCAGAGAUUCAAGAAUUAAAAAAGAGCAACCAUCUACUUGAAGACUCUCUAAAGGAGCUACAACUUUUAUCUGAAACCCUAAGCUUGGAGAAGAAAGAAAUGAGUUCCAUCAUUUCUCUAAAUAAAAAAGAAAUUGAAGAGCUGACCCAAGAGAAUGGGACUCUUAAGGAAAUUAAUGCAUCCUUAAAUCAAGAGAAGAUGAGCUUAAUCCAGAAAAGUGAGAGUUUUGCAAACUAUAUAGAUGAAAGGGAGAAAAGCAUUUCAGAGUUAUCUGAUCAGUACAAGCAAGAAAAACUUAUUUUACUACAAAGAUGUGAAGAAACCGGAAAUGCAUAUGAGGAUCUUAGUCAAAAAUACAAAGCAGCACAAGAAAAGAAUUCUAAAUUAGAAUGCUUGCUAAAUGAAUGCACUAGUCUUUGUGAAAAUAGAAAAAAUGAGUUGGAACAGCUAAAGGAAGCAUUUGCAAAGGAACACCAAGAAUUCUUAACAAAAUUAGCAUUUGCUGAAGAAAGAAAUCAGAAUCUGCUGCUAGAGUUGGAGACAGUGCAGCAAGCUCUGAGAUCUGAGAUGACAGAUAACCAAAACAAUUCUAAGAGUGAGGCUGAUGGUUUAAAGCAAGAAAUCAUGACUUUAAAGGAAGAACAAAACAAAAUGCAAAAGGAAGUUAAUGACUUAUUACAAGAGAAUGAACAGCUGAUGAAGUUAAUGAAGACGAAACAUGAAUGUCAAAAUCUAGAAUCGGAACCAAUUAGGAACUCUGUGAAAGAAAGAGAGAGUGAGAGAAAUCAAUGUAAUUUUAAACCUCAGAUGGAUCUUGAAGUUAAAGAAAUUUCUCUAGAUAGUUAUAAUGCGCAGUUGGUGCAAUUAGAAGCUAUGCUAAGAAAUAAGGAAUUAAAACUUCAGGAAAGUGAGAAGGAGAAGGAGUGCCUGCAGCAUGAAUUACAGACAAUUAGAGGAGAUCUUGAAACCAGCAAUUUGCAAGACAUGCAGUCACAAGAAAUUAGUGGCCUUAAAGACUGUGAAAUAGAUGCAGAAGAAAAGUAUAUUUCAGUGCUUCAUGAGUUGUCAACAAGUCAAAACGACAAUGCACCCCUUCAGUGCUCUCUGCAAACAGCGAUGAACAAGCUGAAUGAGCUAGAGAAAAUAUGUGAAAUACUGCAGGCUGAAAAGUAUGAACUAGUAACUGAGCUGAAUGAUUCAAGGUCAGAAUGUAUCACAGCAACUAGGAAAAUGGCGGAAGAGGUAGGGAAACUAGUAAAUGAAGUUAAAAUAUUAAAUGAUGACAGUGGUCUUCUCCAUGGUGAGUUAGUGGAAGACAUACCAGGAGGUGAAUUUGAACAACCAAAUGAACAGCACCCUGUGUCUUUGGCUCCAUUGGACGAGAGUAAUUCCUACGAGCGCUUGACAUUGUCAAACAAAGAAGUUCAAAUGCACUUUGCCGAAUUGCAAGAGAAAUUCUCAUCUUUACAAAGUGAACACAAAAUUUUACAUGAUCAGCAUUGUCAGAUGAACUCUAAAAUGUCAGAGCUGCAGACCUACGUUGACUCAUUAAAGGCCGAAAAUUUGGUCUUGUCAACAAAUCUGAGAAACUUUCAAGGUGACUUGGUGAAGGAGAUGCAGCUGGGCUUGGAGGAGGGGCUCGUUCCAUCCCUGUCAUCCUCUUGUGUGCCUGACAGCUCUAGUCUUAGCAGUUUGGGAGACUCCUCCUUUUACAGAGCUCUUUUAGAACAGACAGGAGAUAUGUCUCUUUUGAGUAAUUUAGAAGGGACUGUUUCAGCAAACCAGUGCAGUGUAGAUGAAGUAUUUUGCAGCAGUCUGCAGGAGGAGAAUCUGACCAGGAAAGAAACCCCUUCAGCCCCAGCGAAGGGUGUUGAAGAGCUUGAGUGCCUCUGUGAGGUGUACCGGCAGUCCCUCGAGAAGCUAGAAGAGAAAAUGGAAAGUCAAGGGAUUAUGAAAAAUAAGGAAAUUCAAGAGCUCGAGCAGUUAUUAAGUUCUGAAAGGCAAGAGCUUGACUGCCUUAGGAAGCAGUAUUUGUCAGAAAAUGAACAGUGGCAACAGAAGCUGACAAGCGUGACUCUGGAGAUGGAGUCCAAGCUGGCGGCAGAAAAGAAACAGACGGAACAACUGUCACUUGAGCUGGAAGUAGCACGACUCCAGCUACAAGGUCUGGACUUAAGUUCUCGGUCUUUGCUUGGCAUCGACGCAGAAGAUGCUAUUCAAGGCCGAAAUGGGAGCUGUGACAUAUCAAAAGAACAUACUUCAGAAACUACAGAAAGAACACCAAAGCAUGAUGUUCAUCAGAUUUGUGAUAAAGAUGCUCAGCAGGACCUCAAUCUAGACAUUGAGAAAAUAACUGAGACUGGUGUAGUGAAACUCACAGGAGAGUGCUCUGGGGAACAGUCCCCAGACACCAAUUAUGAGCCUCCAGGGGAAGACAAAACCCAGGGCUCUUCAGAAUGCAUUUCUGAAUUGUCAUUUUCUGGUCCUAAUGCUUCGGUACCUAUGGAUUUCCUGGGGAAUCAGGAAAAUAUCCAAAAUCUUCAACUGCGGGUAAAAGAGACAUCAAAUGAGAAUUUGAGAUUACUUCAUGUGAUAGAGGACCGUGACAGAAAAGUUGAAAGUUUGCUAAAUGAAAUGAAAGAAUUAGACUCAAAACUCCAUUUACAGGAGGUACAACUAAUGACCAAAAUUGAAGCAUGCAUAGAAUUGGAAAAAAUAGUUGGGGAACUUAAGAAAGAAAACUCAGAUUUAAGUGAAAAAUUGGAAUAUUUUUCUUGUGAUAACCAGGAGUUACUCCAGAGAGUAGAAACUUCUGAAGGCCUCAAUUCUAAUUUAGAAAUGCAUGCAGAGAAAUCAUCACGUGAAGAUAUUGAAGAUAAUGUAGCCAAGGUGAAUGACAGCUGGAAAGAGAGAUUUCUUGAUGUGGAAAAUGAGCUGAGUAGGAUCAGAUCUGAGAAAGCUAACAUUGAGCAUCAAGCCCUCUCCCUGGAGGCUGACUUAGAGGUAGUUCAAACAGAGAAGCUAUGUUUAGAAAAAGACAGUGAAAAUAAGCAGAAGGUUAUUGUCUGCCUUGAAGAAGAACUCUCAGUGGUCACAAGUGAGAGAAACCAGCUUCGUGGACAAUUAGAUACUAUGUCAAAAAAAACCAUGGAACUGGAUCAGUUGUCUGAAAAAAUGAAGGAGAAGACACAAGAGCUUGAGUCUCAUCAAAGUGAGUGUCUCCAUUGCAUUCAGGUGGCGGAGGCAGAGGUGAAGGAAAAGACAGAGCUCCUUCGGACUUUGUCCUCUGAUGUGAGUGAGCUGUUGAAAGAUAAAACUCAUCUCCAGGAAAAGCUGCAGAGUUUGGAAAAGGACUCACAGGCACUGUCUUUGACAAAAUGUGAGCUGGAAAACCAAAUUGCACAACUGAAUAAAGAGAAAGAAUUGCUUGUCAAGGAAUCUGAAAGCCUGCAGGCCAGACUGAGUGAAUCAGAUUAUGAAAAGCUGAAUGUCUCCAAGGCCUUGGAGGCCGCACUGGUGGAGAAAGGUGAGUUCGCAUUGAGGCUGAGCUCAACACAGGAGGAAGUGCAUCAGCUGAGAAGAGGCAUCGAGAAACUGAGAGUUCGCAUUAAGGCCGAUGAAAAGAAGCAGCUGCAUGUCGCAGAGAAACUGAAAGAACGCGAGCGGGAGAAUGAUUCACUUAAGGAUAAAGUUGAGAACCUUGAAAGGGAAUUGCAGAUGUCAGAAGAAAACCAGGAGCUAGUGAUUCUUGAUGCCGAGAAUUCCAAAGCAGAAGUAGAGACUCUAAAAACACAAAUAGAAGAGAUGGCCAGAAGCCUGAAAGUUUUCGAAUUAGACCUUGUCACGUUAAGGUCUGAAAAAGAAAAUCUGACAAAACAAAUACAAGAAAAACAAGGUCAGGUGUCAGAACUAGACAAGUUACUCUCUUCAUUUAAAAGUCUGUUAGAAGAAAAGGAGCAAGCAGAGAUACAGAUCAAAGAAGAAUCUAAAACUGCAGUGGAGAUGCUUCAGAAUCAGUUAAAGGAGCUAAAUGAGGCGGUAGCAGCCUUGUGUGGUGACCAAGAAAUUAUGAAUGCCACAGAACAGAGUCUAGACCCACCAAUAGAGGAAGAGCAUCAGCUGAGAAAUAGCAUUGAAAAGCUGAGAGCCCGCUUAGAAGCUGAUGAAAAGAAGCAGCUCUGUGUCUUAGAACAACUGAAGGAAAGUGAGCAUCAUGCAGAUUUACUUAAGGGUAGAGUGGAGAACCUUGAAAGAGAGCUAGAGAUAGCCAGGACAAACCAAGAGCAUGCAGCUCUUGAGGCAGAGAGUUCCAAAGGAGAGGUAGACACCCUAAAAGCAAAAAUAGAAGGGAUGACCCAAAGUCUGAGAGAUCUGGAAUUAGAUCUUGUUACUAUAAGGUCAGAAAAAGAAAAUCUGACAAAUGAAUUACAAAAAGAGCAAGAGCGAAUAUCUGAAUUAGAAAUAAUAAAUUCGUCAUUUGAAAAUAUUUUGCAAGAAAAAGAGCAAGAGAAAGUACAGAUGAAAGAAAAGUCAAGCACUGUCAUGGAGAUGCUUCAAACACAAUUAAAAGAGCUCAAUGAGAGAGUGGCAGCCCUGCAUAAUGACCAAGAGGCCUGUAAGGCCAAAGAGCAGAAUCUUAGUAGUCAAGUAGAGUGUCUUGAACUUGAGAAGGCUCAGUUGCUACAAGGCCUUGAUGAGGCCAAAAAUAAUUAUAUUGUUUUGCAAUCUUCAGUGAAUGGCCUCAUUCAAGAAGUAGAAGAUGGCAAGCAGAAACUGGAGAAGAAGGAUGAAGAAAUCAGUAGACUAAAAAAUCAAAUUCAAGACCAAGAGCACCUCGUCUCUAAACUGUCCCAGAUGGAAGGAGAGCACCAACUUUGGAAGGAGCAAAACUUAGAACUGAGAAAUCUGACAGUGGAAUUGGAGCAGAAGAUCCAAGUGCUACAAUCCAAAAAUGCCUCUUUGCAGGACACAUUAGAAGUGCUGCAGAGUUCUUACAAGAAUCUAGAGAAUAAGCUUGAAUUGACAAAAAUGGACAAAAUGUCCUUUGUUGAAAAAGUAAACACAAUGACUGCAAAGGAAACUGAGCUGCAGAGGGAAAUGCAUGAGAUGGCACAGAAAACAGCAGAGCUGCAAGAAGAACUCAGUGGAGAGAAAAAUAGGCUAACUGGAGAGUUACAGUUACUGUUGGAAGAAAUAAAGAGCAGCAAAGAUCAAUUGAAGGAGCUCACACUAGAAAAUAGUGAAUUGAAGAAGAGCCUAGAUUGCAUGCACAGAGACCAGGUGGAAAAGGAAGGGAAAGUGAGAGAGGAAAUAGCUGAAUAUCAGCUACGGCUUCAUGAAGCUGAAAAGAAACACCAGGCUUUGCUUUUGGACACAAACAAACAGUAUGAAGUAGAAAUCCAGACAUACCGAGAUAAAUUGAAUUCUAAAGAAGAAUGUCUCAGUUCACAGAAGUUGGAGAUGGACCUUUUAAAGUCUAGUAGAGAAGAGCUCAAUAAUUCAUUGAAAGCUACUACUCAGAUUUUGGAAGAAUUGAAGAAAACCAAGAUGGACAAUCUAAAAUAUGUAAAUCAGUUGAAGAAGGAAAAUGAACGUGCCCAGGGGAAAAUGAAGUUGUUGAUCAAAUCCUGUAAACAGCUGGAAGAGGAAAAGGAGAUACUGCAGAAAGAACUCUCUCAACUUCAAGCUGCACAGGAGCAGCAGAAAACAGGUACUGUUAUGGAUACCAAGGUCGAUGAAUUAACGACUGAGAUCAAAGAACUGAAAGAAACUCUUGAAGAAAAAACCAAGGAGGCAGAUGAAUACUUGGAUAAGUACUGUUCCUUGCUUAUAAGCCAUGAAAAGUUAGAGAAAGCUAAAGAGAUGUUAGAGACACAAGUGGCCCAUCUGUGUUCACAGCAAUCUAAACAAGAUUCUCGAGGGUCUCCUUUGCUAGAUCCAGUUGUUCCAGGACCAUCUCCAAUCCCUUCUGUUACUGAAAAGAGGUUAUCAUCUGGCCAACAUAAAGCUUCAGGCAAGAGGCAAAGAUCCAGUGGAAUAUGGGAGAAUGGUAGAGGACCAACACCUUCUACCCCAGAGAGCUUUUCUAAAAAAAGCAAGAAAGCAGUCAUGAGUGGUAUUCACCCUGCAGAAGACACGGAAGGUACUGAGUUUGAGCCAGAGGGACUUCCAGAAGUUGUAAAGAAAGGGUUUGCUGACAUCCCGACAGGAAAGACUAGCCCAUAUAUCCUGCGAAGAACAACCAUGGCAACUCGGACCAGCCCCCGCCUGGCUGCACAGAAGUUGGCGCUAUCCCCACUGAGUCUCGGCAAAGAAAAUCUUGCAGAGUCCUCCAAACCAACAGCUGGUGGCAGCAGAUCACAAAAGGUCAAAGUUGCUCAGCAGAGCCCAGUAGAUUCAGGCAGCAUCCUCCGAGAACCCACCAGGAAAUCUCUCCCAGUCAAUAAUCUUCCUGAGAGAAGUCCGACUGACAGCCCCAGAGAGGGCCUGAGGGUCAAGCGAGGCCGACUUGCCCCCAGCCCCAAAGCUGGACUGGAGCCCAAGGGCAGUGAGAACUGUAAGGUCCAGUGAAGGCACUUUGUGUGUCAGUACCCCUGGGAGGUGCCAGUCAUUGAAUAGAUAAGGCUCUGCCUACAGGACUUCUCUUUAGUCAGGGCGUGCUUUAUCGGUGAGGAGAAAACAAUUCCUUAGAAGUCUUAAAUAUAUUCUACUGUUUAGAUCUCCCAUGUGUAAGUACUGAAAAAGUUUGGAAGCACUGAUCACCUAUUAGCAUUGACAUUCCUCUACUGUAAUGUAAAUAGUAUAAAGCUAUGUAUAUAAAGCUUUUUGGUAAUAUGUUACAAUUAAAAUGACAAGCACUGUAUAACAAUCUCUGUUUGUAUGUGGAUUUUACACUAAAAAAAUGCAAAACGCAUUUUAUACUUCUAAUUAGCAGCUCCUAGGAAAAUGUAGACUUUUGCUUUAUGAUAUUCUUCUAUCUGUAGUAUUAGGCAUGGAACAGUUUUGGAUCACGAAUUUCUCAGAGCUGAGUAAAAUGAAGGAAAAGCAUGUUAUGUGUUUUUAAGGAAAACAUGCACACAUAUACAUGUAGGAGUGUUUAUCUUUCUCUUGCAAUCUGUUUUAGACAUCUUUGCUUAUGUAACCUGUACAUAUGUGUGUGUGGGUAUGUGUUUAUUUCCAGUUAGGGCUGCAGGCUUCCUAGAGGUGUGCUAUACCAUGUGUCUGUCAUUGUGCUUUUUUCUGUUUUUAGACCAAUUUUUUACAGUUCUUUGGUAAGCAUUGUCGUAUCUGGUGAUGUAUUAACAUGUAGCCUUUGUUUUCUAAUAAAAUAGUCACCUUCGUUUUCUGUAAGAA